AUGGCUGUGUCAGAAACAGACGUGUGGCAUGUGACACACUACGCCCCCCACAUUCUGCCACCUACCGCCCAUGGCCGCCUUGCCCCUUUUGCUCUUGGGCCCGUCAUGCAAUCCGGCGCCAUCAACUCGCUCAUCGCGAACUCUCUUUUCUCCCAUCUUGGCCAUGACUGUAUUCCCUUUUUUUCAGGAAGAAAAAAAUCCCUGUGUAUAAAACGAGAAUUUUACUGCCUCCAAACUCAACCGUGCUCAACCCGACCUACUAUCAUAUCUCCCGUUUCCAACGCUUUCCAUAUACACACCAAAGCAUACGUAAUCAAGCGUGGCUUGCACGCAAACAAAUCCCCCAAGACUUCUAACCCCAGAAAAAAAAUCCACCUAAACAUGUCCACUUCCCUGGGGCUAAUCGACUUCCCAAAACCCGCAUCCGCGCUGCUUUGCCCCAUCUUUUCCCUUCUUAUUAUCCCACUUCAAUAUAUUACUUUCGAUCGUUCAAGGGCGUUCUAG